UGCUGAUAAACGGCCUUUCAAUUCAUUUUACUACUCAACUCAGCUCUUUUCAAUGCUAUUGUAUCAGUCGCUUAAUCUAUAUACCUCACCAGAGGCGUACACGUUUGAACCUGUUUUUGUUGACGCCUCUAUUCCUCGAGAAAGCCUGGUCGUUCGUCGUACAGAUGGCGUGGUUGUGUUGAAUGCUCCACCUUCACCGACACUCGCCCAGGAACAAGUCACUACUAUUCAUGGCAUUCUUGGCAUAAUUCGUCUUAAUGCAGGCGAUCACAUUGUUGUAAUCUCUGGACGUAAAAAAAUUGGUACUCUUGCCGGCCAUGAUAUUUUUUUAAUUACUGCACACAAAAUUCUUUCAGUUUCCAAAAGCCAGACUCAUCUUGUUGAGCGACAGGUACAGGACGACGCGACCUAUAUCUCUAUGCUCAAUGACCUUUUAAGUUCUGGAUCAUUCUACUUUUCCUAUACGUUUGAUCUGACGCACUCUCUGCAAAAACAAGCUAGUCUAGCAUCUGCUUCUUCUCUCCCACUCUGGCAGCGUGCUGACGAGCGCUUCUACUGGAACAGAUUUUUGCAGACACCAUUGAUUUCCAUUACGCAAAAAGAUCCGUUGCAAAGCAGCUUAAGUCGGUUUAUUUUGCCAAUCAUGUGUGGAUUUGUGACAAUUAUUCAAACCAAAGUCCAUGCAACAGCCGUCACAUUUUCACUGAUUUCUCGCAGAAGCCAAUUUCGUGCAGGAACUCGUUAUCAUUCUCGAGGUAUCAACGAUCAAGGACAAGUUUCCAACUUUGUCGAGACAGAGCAGAUUCUUGAACUGCCUGGCACAGGUCUUAUGUGCUCAUAUAGGCAGACUCGCGGAUCUAUCCCUCUUUAUUGGAGACAAGUUAUCAAUGCUAAAUAUCAGCCCAAACUUGUGGUUGAAAACAAUCCAUUAACUGCUGUAUCGUUUAAAGCCCACUUUUACGAGCAAUUUGAACGCUAUGGAAAUCAGAUUGUUGUCAACUUGAUCAACAAGCAUGGCUAUGAAUCACCGCUUGGUACCGAGUUUGCAAACCGUAUCGGUGAGAUGAAGGACGAACGGCUUCGAUUUAUACAUUUUGACUUUCAUGAGCAUUGCAAAAAAAUGCGAUGGGAUCGCAUUUCAGUGUUGAUUCAAGCCAUUGAAGAAGAUUUAGCAGAGCAGGGCUAUUGUAGCGUGACUACUACCGCAUCUAGCACUCCAGUUUUGAUUAAAUCUCAGACAUCUGUAGUGCGUACAAAUUGCAUAGACUGUCUUGACCGAACCAAUGUGGUACAAAGUGUCCUUGCACGUCGAUCUCUCAAUCGACAGAUGCGCGAUCUCAAUCUACUUGUUUUGCCAACAGAAUCAUUGGUUGAUCUGGCAGACUUUGAACAAAUAUUCAAAAAUGCAUGGGCUGACAAUGCCGAUCAAGUCAGCAAACAGUAUUCUGGAACAGGAGCGUUAAAAACUGAUUUUACUCGAACUGGAAAACGCAGUAAAUCUGGUGUGUUUCAAGAUCUGUCCAACUCGAUUGUACGAUACAUCAAAAACAACUUUUUAGAUGGAUUUCGUCAAGAUUCAUACGAUUUAUUUCUUGGCAAAUACCGAGUCGAUGCGUCUCGUCCAUCACCGUUUUCAGAUCAGAAAAUCACUUUACAUUUUAUUUUAGCAGCAGCGUUGGCCAUGUUUACUAGUUUUUGUAUGUUGUACAUGGUACUUGUUGCUGGGAGUGCAAUCACAACAGGGCUGGUUAUGGUUAUGGCUUUGAUGAGCUCUGGCGCGGUGUUCUACCUUGUUCAUUUUUAUGGUAGGGAAUUUGUUGCCAAUCCGAUGCUGGUACCUGAUGUGUGGGUUGCUGAAUCUGAAGGUACAGAUCAGCACAAGAAUUCGUAUGCGCAACCUCACAAUUCAUCCGAGUUUGAUAUUCAAAUGACUGAGAUGUUUCAAUCUGCAAAACCCAUGUUUUCAAAGCAUGUCUAGUAACAGUGUGCUUGAAGUUUAACUUUAUAGCCGUAAAACUAUUUGACAGUUUUUAUGAUGUUUUGGCUAGUAUGAAUAAAUACAACAAAAUUUGAAAUGGU